AUGGGUCGGCUCGACCGGAGUGAUACCACGGCCUUACAGAAGACCGACGUGAAACAACCACAGCGUUGUGUUUCGCCGUGCCCGAGCGUACGGCACGUAGCGUUCCGCGCGCGCCUCAAAGAGCCAAUAGAUCACCACAGACGGGGCCCUAAAGGGCUGAUGUUCAGCCGGGGUUGUGGGUGUUUGAGCGCGUUGCUGGCAAGCAGCUUCGCAGCGGAGAUGCAGUGGACUCCAUACAACAGCUUGCUGCAGCAGUACCAACAAGCCUCCUCACCAUUUCAAGAGGCAGCAUCCAAUCAUGAUCAACAGUUCCAAGCCAGUGAUUAUUCAGGCGGCUACGACUUCGGCAGCAGCGGUGGAAGCCACGAUGGUGGAAGCUACGGCGGUCACGACCUAGGAGGGCACGAUUUCGGUGGACACGACCUCAAAUCCCACGUAUACCCAGUCCACCAACACGUCGAAGAAGAAAACCCUGAACCAAUCAAGCAUUACAAAGAAAUUGUGGUCCCUCUACCUAAAAACGUAGAGUUCAAAAUCAAUCAGCCAGUGAUCAUUCCCGUGCCCCACCCAAUUCCCAUUCAAGUCCCUGUACCGAAGGCCGUAGUAAUUCCCAUCAUCAAAGAAGUCUCGAUUCCCGUUGAGAAGUCUGUUCCCUACCCAGUGGAAAAGGUUGUCCAUGUACCAAAAGUUAAAGAAGUGCCUUUUGAAGUGGUGAAACACAUUUUGGUGCCGGUAGAAAAACCUGUGCCUUUCAAAGUACCUGUUUAUGAAACCAUUAUCCACACUAAGAAAGGACAGCACAAGAUUUAA